AUCCACAAAUAAUUCUCAUUUCCUUCAGAGGCAUUUUAUAACAUCUAUUUCUGGAGAAACAAAAGAUUUAAAAAACAGAAAAAUGCCUGAAUCCAUCUGUGUAAAGGAAAAACUUCAUCUCCCGAAGGAGGAGAUCUCCAAGAAAUCCAUCCUUAAUGUAGAUGAGAAACCUAGCUCUGACACAGGAAGAAGUGGACCUAGACUGGACAUAUUGAGAGAUACUUUUACCACAGGAACCAGCAGCUACAAUGUCCUUCUUCAAAGCAAAGAAAAAAAACAACAAAAACAUUCGUCAUCAAGCCAUAAAAAGAAGCGAAAGAAAAUAAUCAAAGUGAAUUCCACCCCAACACGUAGCAAGGAAUGUUGUAGGUAUAAAGCUCCAGCAUUGACCGCACUCUGGGCCUGUGCAAAAAGGAAUCUACCAGCCUUCAUCACCGAUACCACAACCAUUGAUUCUAAGUGUUCUCAAAACAUUAUAGUAACAGGACAUAGUAUUGGAAUUACACAGAUCCCUAAAUCCAAAACCAAGAGAAAAUAUUAUUUACCUGAGGUUCUGAAAAUGAAAGAGCCAUUGAGAAAACCUCAAGUAAAAGAAGAAAUCUCAGGAAAGAAAUGUUGUAUAUUAAAUGCCAUAAAACCCUUGAAUUUGGAUAAAGAGAAAAACAAGUUUUUCAAAUCAGAGUUUACGUACAACCCACAGUUCGAAUACGCCAACCCUCUUCAGCCAAGUGUGUUAGCCAAGCACUCUCUGGCUUCGGACAGAUUCCUUAAACAGGCCAUUAAUAUUAUGCAGAAGGCACUCGAAAAAUAUGGGAACUAUGAAAGCUUUGAGAAGGCUACAGGUGGAAUGCUACUUCCAAAGAGCCGAAUAUGGCACCAAGUGCGGAAAUAUAUGGAGAAAGAAAGAUGUCUGGGAGAGAUUGUUGUUCACCUGACACAGGAUUUGCUUUCUCGAGCGUCCAUGACAGUUUUAAAUGGUCGACCAACAUUGACGAUCAAUAUAUCAGUAGCGCGGGAGCAGUGGCUGGAAGGGAUGCUCAGACAUGAGAUAGGGACACAUUACUUUAGAGGAAUGAACAACAAUCGUCAGCCAUGGUGCGACAGUAUUGGGCGUAAAAAAUAUGGGUUGAAACCUAUGAACCCAACAGAAGAAGGUUUUGCGAGCAUCCAUAGUGUUUUGUUUCGAAAAGAUCCCCUUCUGUGGAGAGCUGCUCUCCUCUAUUACACAGUCUACCAAGCCAGCCGCAUGUCUUUUAGUGAGCUCUUCAAAGAUAUUGGACGUUUUGUCAAAGACCCUAAUACCAGAUGGGAUUACUGUGUACGAGCCAAGAGAGGCUGGACUGACACGUCACAGCCAGGUUGCUUCAGUAAAGACCAGGUGUACCUAGAUGGCAUCCUUCAAAUUCUGAGGCACAGAAAAUCUAUAGAUUUUCGCUUGUUAACAUCUAUGGGAAAGGUUUCAUAUGAAGAUGUAGAUCGCCUGAAAGACAUCGCCAUGCUGGACAAUGCUAGGAUUCCACAGUUUCUUCAAGACACCAGUAAAUACAUGGAUUAUCUGGAGAAAAUCAUGCAGGCCAAUAAUCUUUCUGAUGAAGAACUGGUGAAGCUUAUUGGCUAAACAUGUCUUUGCCUCCUAAGAUGUGAUUUGUUAGAAAUCUUAAAGCACUGUACUGUAAUUUUUUCAAUGUUGCUUAUUGGACAGUUUUAGCAGUAUGCUGCCAACUUGUUAUUAAAAUGCUCUGGAACCUAAAAUGUAUUCAUUGAAA